UUGAGAGGAUGGGUAAAGGAGUGUAAAGGGGUAACACACACAAUCGAGAGAAAGAGUGAGCAGAGUGAUAGAGAGAGAGAACUGUGAAAUCAGCCAACACUCCCAGACGCGAGGUUCUUGAUUACUGUCAAACGCGCAUACCAUUCGGAUAUCACUCCUGUGACAGCCAGGAUGAGUUCGUGCAGUAGCAGAGCGCUGACCAUCCUGUCCACGGUGUUUGGGGCGUGUGGUCUGCUGCUGGUGGGCGUGGCUGUGUCUACAGACUACUGGCUGUUGAUGGAGGAGGGCAUCGUGCUGCAGCAGAACCAGAGCAUGGAGGUCAAGAUGGCCCUGCACUCUGGCCUCUGGAGGGUCUGCUUUGUGGCUGGGACAGAGAACGGGAGAUGUGUGGCGUCAGAGUAUUUCACUGAGCCAGAGAUAGAGAUCACCACAGAGAAUACUGCUAAUAUUCUGAAGAUGGUGCGGACAGCCACUCCAUUCCCCAUGGUGUCUCUGCUCUUCGUCUUCACGGCCUUUGUCAUCAGUAACAUCGGACACAUCCGGCCCCAGCGCACCAUCCUGGCCUUCGUCUCCGGGAUCUUCUUCAUCCUCUCAGGCCUGAGUCUGGUGGUGGGGCUGGUGCUCUACAUCUCCAGUAUUAAUGAUGAGGUGAUGAACAGACCGAGGGAGCCUGAACAGUUCUUCAACUACCACUAUGGCUGGUCGUUUGCCUUCGCAGCCUCCUCCUUCCUACUCAAGGAGGGGGCUGGGGUGAUGUCAGUCUAUCUGUUUAUGAAGCGUUAUGCUGAGGAGGAGAUGUACCGCCCUCACCCAGCCCUCUACCGCCCCCGUCUGUCUGAGUGCAGCGACUACAGCGGCCAGUUCCUCCACCCUGAGACCUGGCCUCCUCCUAAGAGGGGCCGCAGUGACUCCCGGGCCUCCAGCGACAUCUCCAUCCAGAUCAACCAGACCCCCCCACAGCCCACCAAAAAACCCCUGCAGGGCAACCAAGGUGGGGGCAUGGGGUCCAACAUGGGCCCUGGGUCUGGGUCCUCCUCUGGAGCUAGCUACCAGCUGCCCCCACCGUCUGGGGCCUACAACACCCACACACUCCAACACCAACACUCACACGGUAACUCCCAGGCCAUGGCCAUGCCCCCUUCCACCGGCCCCUCUCAUUACCACACACACAUGCACAUGGACGCCUCCCCCUGUUAGAGAGAGGGAGCAAGGGACAGGGGUGCGCUGAUUGCGGCCUAUCACUCCCAUAGACACACACACAUUUAUGAUUAAAAACAAUAUACAGUAUAUAUAUAGAGAGAGUAAUGCUAUAGGGGGAGAUGGAGAGAGAUGGAGGGAGGUGGAGAUAGAGGGAGAUGGAGAUGGAGGUAGGGAGAUGCAGGCAGCUGGAGAUGGACAGAAAAGAGGGAGAAAGUAAGUGUGAAGAGCAAGAAAGAUGGAGUAAGUGUGAAAAGGGAGAAGGAUUCAGGGAUUAGAGUUAACAUACAUUUGGUAUUAAAAGCUGAGAGAUGGGCAGAGAGGGAGAAAGAGGGUUCAGGAGAGGUGGAGGAAUUGUCAAGGAUAGAGAGAUGAGGGGGGUGGAGAGAAAGUGACAGAGAGGUUAGCAUCUGUGACAAAAGGGGCUGAGAGGGAGAAAGGAAGAGACAUUGAAAAUGAGAGAGA